CCUGACGUUCGGGAUCCGCGCAUGCGUUUUGACGUGGUCCCUGCUGUUGCCUGGCAACUGAAACGCGGUACGGCAGCUGGGGGGGCGCGCAUGCGCGGUGGCGCAGUUUACAGCGCGCCUGCUGUUGCCUGGCAACCAAAACGCGGUACGGCAGCUGGGCAGCCGCGUAUGCGGUUUACGGCGCUCUUGCUGUUGCCUGGCAACUAUAACGCGGUACUGGCGUUCGGGAGCCGCGCAUGCGCGGUGGCGCGUUUUGGCCGCCCUCCUGCUGUUGCCUGGCAACCAAAACGCGGUACUGGCGUUCGGGAGCCGCGCAUGCGCGGUGGCGGCGCGUUUCGCCAGCGCUCUCUUCUGCCGCCUCUUGACCAAAGUUCGGUACUGCAGCUGGGGAACCGCGCAUGCGCGCUGGCGCGCCGCGCCAAGCCCUCGCAGCUGCCACCCUGCGACCAAUAUUCGGUACUGCAGCUCGGAGGCUGCGAGUGUGCGGGGCUGCCCCUGUCCUGCACGUGCCGUCCGACGGUAACAGCAAUGCGGCACCGGCGGGAGGUGCCGCCGCGCUCGUUGCUUCCUCCCGGGGGAGGACAGCCGUGCAGCCGGAGUUACAGAAGAGGAGGGGAGCGGGAGAGGAGCAGAAAGAAGCGUCUGAACUGGCAAAUGCUCCCGGCAGCACCAAGAACAAGAGCUGUGUGUCCAGCUCCUCAUUUUUGGCAGCCUUCGCCUCUGCCCAGCAGCCCAUCGCUCCAGGAGCCAGCCAACCAACUGUGCAUUCCCCGACAGACCGAUGAGUGUGGCUCUGGGACCAAGUGCCAAGAGGCCACGCUGUGGAUGCGGUUGUCCGUUUGUCCCCUGGGGAUGCCGUUGACUGCAGCAGCCUCAGGCUUGCGUGGGCUGUCUCUGCCUGGCCUCCCUCUCCUUGCCGGUGUGGGAGCAAAAAGGGGCAGGUGGAGUGCUUACUGGCUGUGGACAGGAGCUGCUGAAGCUGAAGCUGGAGAGGCCAAAGAAUGGUAAACCUGCUGAAGAAUAAAAUAAAGAGGAUCCAGCCAGCAGCUGCAGACAGGAGAUAGCCUGCCUCUCCAGGUGGAUGACAGUCAAGUGACUGCAGCUACAGAGGAGGAAGGGAGAGGGAGAGGGAGAGAGACAGACAUGUCUGAACUGUCAAAUUCUCCCAGCAGCUCCAAGAGCGGGAGGCCUUCUAAAGGUGUCUGGAAUGCUCUUGUGACCGUUAGCUAAAUGUGUUCCCACACUACUGGUCAAAGCUGAGCCAACCAGCAAUGCUGGUAGCACCUCUGUGAUAUUUAAGAAGGGCUAAAAAAAUGCUGUGCAGAAGCUGUCAGUCCUGCAGACGCCAAGGUCAGUGAAGAAGGAAAAGGAGGAGGUGAUCCAGGUCCUAAAGCAGAUUCCCCUGCAGCCUGCAGUGAAGACCAUGGUGACACAGGCUGUCCCCCUGCAGCCCACGGAGGUCCAUGGCAGAGCAGAUAUGCACCCUGCAGCCGAGGGAGGACCCCUCACCAGAGCAGGUGGAUGCACCCGAAGGAGGCUGUGACGCUGUGGAGAGGAGCCCACACUGGAGCAGUUUUCUGGCAGGACCUGUGGCCCUAUGGGAGUGACACCACACUGGAACAGAAGAAGAGCAUGAAGGAGGAAGGAGCAGCAGAGACAACUUGUGAUGAACUGACGGCAACCCCCCGCUCCCUCUCCCCCUGUGCUGCUCGGCAGGAGGAGGUAGAGAAGUGAGGAGUGAAGAUGAGCCCAGGAAAAGGAGAGAGGGGUGGGGGGAAGUUGUUUUUCAGAUUUGUUCAUAUUUCUCAUUAUUGUACUCUGAUUUUGACUGACAAUAAAUUAAUUUCCCCAAGU